AAAAAGCAUCAGUUCUCAAAGGAAAUCCAACCAUGACAUCCCCAGUGAUGACUCUGCUGCUCGUCGGGAUCUGCUGCCUGUCGUUCGUCCAAGUGGCCAGGUCGGAAUGCUGCUCCUCCCGGCAGGAGGUGUCUUACAAGAUGGACAGAGGCGACUGCCAGGACGUGGGCGGCCAUGGAGACUAUCCGCUCAAGUGCGAAGUGACGAUCUGCGCCGAUGGAGUCGCCCAGGUGGGCACAUACUGCGGCCAGGGAUCGUGCAACAUCUUCGGCUGCAACUGCGAUGGUGGCUGCUUAAAUGGCGAAUGGUCCGAGGACUUUGUGCGGAAGAACCAGAAAUACGGAAUUGAAAUCAUUUCAGUCAAGUGGAUUCCAUGGUAGUUACUUGUUUGGCCAUAAAUGCACAUUUGCAACCAAUAAAAAAAAGCAUUAAUUGCAUCCAGGAAUUAGUAA